AUGUUGAACACCACAGUAACCCUGACACACGCCACCCCGCUGCCUGCAGGCAUGUCGCGCGAGGACGCCAUCGCCCUCAUCCACGACGCCGAGCACCACAUCCAGUGUGACCCCAACAUGAAGAACUACACCAAGCGCACGCCCGAAAUUCCGCCUACGGUGCCCAAGGACAUCGAGCCCAUCGCCUCCACGCAGUGCUACACCGUCACCGACACCGUGCCGACUCUCCUGCCAAAGGGCAUCUGGGACAGCGACGCCGUCAGUGACUACGACUUUACCUUUGUCAAGGACGGCAGCUUCGUCCGCACGAGCUGUCCACUCAACGUCGUGCUGGAGACCCGCUGGCGCGUCAAGGACGCCAGCGGUGGUGGGCUGGAGUUGGAGGAGGUCGUUGAGGUCAAGUGUUCACGGUUUUUGGCGAGCGUUGUCAAGGGGCAGUGCGAGGCGAACUGGAGGGAUUUUCACAAGAAGAUUUUGGCGGGCAAGGCGUCAUGA